AUGGAAAGUUUUAGCAAAAAUCAGGAAGAACAAUUUGAAAGGAUCGAAAAGAAACUGAGAUUUCUGAGCGUGACUACAAAAUCAUGGGAUCAAAUGUUGAAGGUGAUCGACACUAAGAGGUUUUCAGAAACUAUUGAAGAAGAAGUGUGUAUUGAGGAAAAAUCCCAAAAUAACGAUGGUUCAGGAAUUUUGUUGGAUGAUCGUGAAGAUGAGAAUGUGGAAAAAGAAAAUGUUGGUGUUGAGCAUGGGUGUGUCCGAUUUUCUGAGAAGGCUCACAAUGAUAAGCAGUCCAAUACAGAAAAGCCUCAUAGGAGGACUUCAUUUGGUGCUCUAUCUGAGAAUGGACAAAUCCUCACAAAUGGCACAAAGGAAAUUGGUGAAUUGCUUGAAGAGUUUACUAGAGAGACCGAUAGUGAAUCUGGGAGUGACGUUGUUGAGCAUGUUGAUAAUGAUGAUGAAGAGUCAAUGAAGAUAGUGAAGGUGAAAGUGAAGAUAAUUAUGAAGACGGAGUUGAACAUGCUUCUCAUAAGGAUGAUAAAGUGCACGUUAGGGCAGAAAUGA